CCCUGCGCCGACUCUAUGAAGUACAAAGAACUAACACAGAAUAAGGCUACUAAAAUGGUUGAUAAUCUUCGCAUGGAUACAGUGGAACUUCUUAACCAGAUAGGGGUGUUGGCCUUCAUUAAUGGUGGUGAGGAGGGAAAAGCUCUGUACAAUGCCUUUGUCACUGGUAGAGUUUGCUAUGAAGUUUAUAAAAGACUGUCAGUUUCCCAAGCUGACGUCCUAAGGGCCGAGACCAUAAUGCGCAUUAGUGAAUAUGUCAAGAGCCACCCACGUGCAAGUGAAGCACAGUUAAAAGCAGAGGUGGAAAAGGAGAUUAAAUUGUUUGCACAAAAGAUUGCUGAGCUUGAAGCAAUCCAUUAGGGAUUCCAAGUGACAUUGAACCAGUUUAAUGUAAUUGGACCAACUUGCUGUAGAUAACUCAGGACUGUUUAACCCUAAGUUAAACAGAACAAGAUAAUAAGCAAAAUAUUGUACAACUUUUACAGUCUACAAAAGGAGGUGCUGAAUUUAUACCAAAAUUACAUAAAAAUAACUGCUUUGUAGAAUAUGUGAAAACUAUAGCAGCUUUUGUGUUACAACCUAGAUGACAUCAGGUAACUAAAGGUAGAAAAUUUGUACUUGUGGCUACUGUGGAACCUCAACUUGACUUGUUAACCGUAUUCAGAAUGAGCUUUUUUUAUCGUCUGCAUGUAUGACUUGUGGUGAGGAGGGAGGUCUGCAUAACUUCAAGAAUAUUUAAGCAACAAUUAUGAAACAAACAAGGUAUAAAGUACACGUACAUCCCAAAAGAUAAUCACCACGAGAUGAUGUCAUCAAAUGGAAAUCACCUCAUGACAUAUCUUGGAUCCGCUAUCAUGAAUCUCUUGAUUUGUUUUCCAAAACUGCCAGAAACCCACCAAACGUGACUCAAAACUAAUAGAAAUCAACAAAACAAUGCCAAAGUGCUAAAGAUGUGAAAAUAACUGCAUGGAAGUUAUUUAAAGUGUCAAUAUAUGUAAAAACAAGAAAAUUCAAAAUUUGAGAAGCAUGCCUUAUAAAUACAGAUGUGAUUGAAAUGUCAAACACAGCAGUAUGUCAUAAUAAAUAAAGCUCAUACAAUUUGUUUCCAUAGA